AUGUCUCGUUUCGUGGGCUUUGCUCGCUUGUUCCAUUACCUAAGUGCUCAGGGCCCUCGAGAUCACCGCGGCGGUUGUCCCUUUAUGCCUGGCCGUUAUCGGAUUAUUAACCGUGGAAUAACCGUAGCAGUGUACUGCGCCCAUUCUGCGCCCAUUGACGACUACGAGGUGCGAAACCCGAUUGCUUAUGCUGGGAUGCUCUAUCACACUGAGGCCGGUCUCCGCUUUGGGACAGACGAUCGGAUACUCCAUGCAAUAUGA